AUGGGGAAGCAGUUGGGACCAACCGGGGAAUUCUUCCGGCGAAGGGAUGAAUGGAGGAAGCAUCCAAUGAUGAUCAAGCAGUUCCGCCACGCGACUCCUGGGCUCGGCAUCGCGCUUGUCGCCUUCGGCGUAUAUCUCGUCGGCGAGCAAAUCUACGAUAGGGUUGGCUCGCCUUCGUCCUCUCACUCGCAUUGA